UGUUGAACACACGUGUGAGACGUGAUUUAGGGAUAACUAUUUUAAACAACCUAUUCGGGGGCCAAAUAAAUCGUUAAAUUGCUCUACCAGUAGAGUAACCGAGCAAAGAGUGAUCUUGUGCAGGAAUGACUAGGAGAUAUUCCGUGUAAGAAUAUUACCUGGGACAACAUGUCUUUUAGCACAGCGUACGGUAAGUCCCGGGCUGUGAGAAACGUGGUAGAGACUCUAACGCAGAGCCAACUUCUGCAGAUCGACCCUCAGAGAGACGUUGUCUUUGAAACGCCACCGCCCGAGGUUAUCAGCAGCAUCUCACGUUAUUUUGAAGCGGCCGUGAGGAGGGCAUCGCCCGCUGAAUCUUCACUCUCAGACAGUGACAGCUUGUUUUUGACUCAGUCUGUGACUCCGGUGGACAGGACAAUCAAAAGAACCCAGUCAUCAGCAAGACCAGCACUGCUGCCCUUAAGUGUGGAGUCUGAGGAUGAGUGUGAACGAGAUCACAGCCAGGGUAAUGCACCACACCAAGAGGAGGGCCAGGAUACAUUACUGAGGGGAGUCUCGGAUACUGAAAACAGCGAUGACGAUCUGGUCAGCAAAGCCCGGACAAUUUUGGCUUUGCAUAUGAAGAGAGCUGGACGGAGUGGUGCCAGAUUCCGGCGGCGUGCAUCUAGCCGCCCAAAGAGGACAGUGUUUCCUUUUCUGCAGAAGUCCCCUUCAGGAUGCUUAUCUCUCCAAAAGAAUCAUAUUUUAGUGAAUUCAGAGAUUGGUGGGUUCUUUAAAUGUGUAAAGAAACUCAACAAAGGACGUGAAGGAAGUAGACGAGAGCUAAGUCCAUCUAUAUUCCCAUCUGAGCUAGGGGAAGACAGAAUGGAGCAAGAUACUGAAGAUGUGCAGGAUGACAUCAGAAAAGUGGACGCAGAAUGUUUUGUUUCAAACGCCCACAGAAGAAACCGGGAAAAAUGGCUUCCCAAGGAGAGGUGGAAAAAUAAGAUGGCCUCCAAAAAGUACGACAGAGAAAGCUACAGAGACUGUGAAGAGAGGACUGGUAAGAAGAAGAGAAAAAAAGAUACUAAAAAGAAACAAGAAGAAACAGUGUCCAAAAGUGGGGAAAACCAGAGCCAGGUUUGCAUUGGAUCUGCAGCCAGGACUUCACGCUCUCCCACUGGAUCUCCGAACAUUAGAUCUUUCCUGAUGGCACAAGAGGAGGACAGUCAGAGACAGCCAGAGGUUUUAGUAACAUAUUCACAGUCGCAGUCCAUGGACUGGCGUUGUGGCGGAGAUCAUCCCAGACGGCAAGUUGCUCAAGGGGGUAAGAACUUCGAGACAGCAGGAGCAGAGAGUGAAACAGUGGUGGAGGAAACACAGAGGCCAGACUCAAUAGAGGAGGCUGCAAAAAGUCAUGCCUCUAAAACUCUGGAGGAUCGAUCGAGGAGUGGGGCCAGGGGAGAAGAUGGCUUGUCAGUUACAGGACUCCAUGAGAAGGUUGAGACGGUCAGGGGUACCAGUGAAGAAACUUGCCCUGAACCACAGGAAACUGAAGAGUUGGGUCUUGAGAGGGAAGGUUGGAUGUGGUCACAGGAUCUUUUUGCGGAACAAGAGAAUCAAGCCGAUGAAACGGCGGUGUCCAGUCCUUUAAAAGAGGUUAUAGUUGGAGAAAGUAAAGAAGACCUAGAAAGUUGUGUAGUGCAAAAUAGUGACAUUAUCUUAUUAGGAAAGAAGAAAAACAAAGACAAGCCUUCAGAUAUCUCUUUAGAUGUCGUGGAUAGGCCACUAGUUGACAAUGCUGCUGAAUUGCUGAGGUCUUCUCAGAGACAUGUGCCAAAAUUGAGUAAAAUAACCUCACCAAGAACUGAAGAAAUCAAACAAACAAGGAAAGAAACACAUAAAAAGACAAAAAUGCAUGGUAGUGUAGAACUUGCAUGUCCAGAAGAGAAUGUGCAGUUUCGCCAUCGACCACUGUCUGAUGUCCAUCCAGCUUUGGUUGACAGCCCUUCAGGAUCCAAUCUUGACUCCGAUUUCUGUCUAGAUGUUGUUGCUGACAUACAAAAACAUAACAUAGAGAAAGUAGACACUCCGGUGUUUAAUUAUGGUGGGUUGAUGUUCCUGAAAAAGAGAAAAAGAAAAAAGACAGAAACAUAUGAAGUUUCUUUGAGCUCUGCACCUCUGCAGCCUGAUGCGGAUCAGAACAAGAGCUUCACGUCUCAGGCUCAUGACUCUGGACUAGAAACGGUGCAGAAAAAGAGGAAAAGCCUGGUGGGCAGAGAUAACGAAGGUGAGAUGACUGCCAAUAACACACUAUUGGUGGUAGCAGCAGGCACCUCGCCAAAAAACACAUUUUCUGUGGACUCUCUUCAGUCACUGGACAUAGUUCAAGACUCUGAAGCACAUGCAGCUAAAGGCUCUGAACUAAAAGCAAAGAAAAAGAAGACAAAGGACAGGAAUGCUCAGUCUCUACCUCAGGAAAGUGAAGGGACAUGUAAAGAGGAGGGCUUUCAGACCCCCCAUCAAGCUCCUGAACGCUUAGGGUCUGUAGCUGAUGGGCGUAAAAAGCUGAAAGUAACUGAUCUUUCUAGUCCUAGCAGAAGUGAUGAGGCCAGUUCAGAGUUCUGCAGCGCAAGGGUACACAAGAUCAGUGAGAAUGUUUUCAAAUUUGGCGAUUUUGAACCACAAAGAAAAAAAGCAAAGAAGAGCAAUUCAAGAUCUGAGAUGUCUGGUGUGGUAACUAUGCAAUGUGAUAGAGAGUUUGAGACAGGUCAUGACACUGGAGCCAAAACUGCAGAAAAAAAGAUACAAGGGUCACUCUUACAGGCCAGUGGUAGCAAAAGGCAAAAUGGAGAGAUCAAUGAGAUAAAACUACAAUCUAAGAAGCCUCCAGAAUCUUUGAACAGCAGUGAAGUAACAGCCUUUACAGAACACUCAGCAAACUGUGUUUCUCAAAAGGCAGAUGACUUAACUUUAGUUACACCAAGAAGAAAGAAGAAGAAGAAGAAAGAGAAGGAGGUUGUAGAAAAUGUAGAGGGAUCCAAGGAUUUUGAGAUUCCAGAGGAAAUUCUGGACUCUGAGCAGCAAGCAAUUAAAGUCAUUCCAGAUACAAAAGUGAAGAAGAAAAAGAAAAAGCCCAGAACAUGUCAAGACGCUGGAGUGACUCAUGAAGAGGAGGCCAUGGACUCCCCAUGUACAGCAUCUGACAGAGUGGAUCCUCCAAGCUCUGGAAUGGAAACAAAUCUCAGUCAGCAGGUCAACAGUUCAGAGAUUCAUGAGGAGGGUUAUGGGCCAGAUUAUGUUGGUGGUUCAACACCUUUAAAGAAGAAGAAGAAAAGGAAAACAAUGGAAAAUGGGUUCUUUCUAGGUUCUGAUGGCAUGGGUACUAUAGAGGGCGACCAAACCGAUUUGUGCCUGACCAGCGGUGAACAAAAAUCAGUGGAGAAACACAAGGCCAUGACACGUAGUGGACCAAGACGACGUGAAGAACAUAUUGCAGCAUGUUUGGAAGCAGGUGCCGAGCCUGAAUCCACGCAUGCUGAAAACUACAGUAAGGGGAAAAAGAAAACUAUGUCCCUGUGGAAAGAUGCUGAAGGUAGCCAGUCAGCAUCACAGACUGAGGAACGUCAUGAGCCCAAGAGUAACGAGAAGAAGAAGAAGAAGAAGAAGAGACAGUCUGAAGCUGACAGGAACGUGGAGUGUGGUUUUUGUGGCGACGAUGCCGAGCAUGUUGGGUGCCUGCAGAAUCUCCAGAGUUCAGAAACCAAGUCGCAGAAGAAGAGAAAGAAAAAGAACAGAUGGGACGACGUUGAUUCAGGUCAGGACUCCUGUUCAGGUCUGGCCAAAGAGCUAAAAAUAUUAGAAAACCACAGAGAGGUUUCAGUCACACAGCCUGAAAAAGUGCAGCAGAAAGACGGCAGUGUUGCGUCUACCAGCAGGGAAUUGUUGCAGAAUGUUGAAAAGAACAGGAAGAAGAAGAAACAGGAGCAGGUGGCAGAGGAAAAUGUGGAGACUGGUCAGCCAGAAAGAACUAAGCACAUUGAGAUUUCUGAGGAAAUUCUGGACUCUGAGCAGCAAGCAAUUAAAGUCAUUCCAGAUACAAAAGUGAAGAAGAAAAAGAAAAAGCCCAGAACAUGUCAAGACGCUGGAGUGACUCAUGAAGAGGAGGCCAUGGACUCCCCAUGUACAGCAUCUGACAGAGUGGAUCCUCCAAGCUCUGGAAUGGAAACAAAUCUCAGUCAGCAGGUCAACAGUUCAGAGAUUCAUGAGGAGGGUUAUGGGCCAGAUUAUGUUGGUGGUUCACCACCUUUAAAGAAGAAGAAGAAAAGGAAAACAAUGGAAAAUGGGUUCUCUCUAGGUUCUGAUGGCAUGGGUACUAUAGAGGGCGACCAAACCGAUUUGUGCCUGACCAGCGGUGAACAAAAAUCAGUGGAGAAAGACAAGGCCAUGACACGUAGUGGACCAAGACGACGUGAAGAACAUAUUGCAGCAUGUUUGGAAGCAGGUGCCGAGCCUGAAUCCACGCAUGCUGAAAACUACAGUAAGGGGAAAAAGAAAACUAUGUCCCUGUGGAAAGAUGCUGAAGGUAGCCAGUCAGCAUCACAGACUGAGGAACGUCAUGAGCCCAAGAGUAACGAGAAGAAGAAGAAGAAGAAGAAGAAGAAGAAGAGGAGACAGUCUGAAGCUGACAGGAACGUGGAGUGUGGUUUUUGUGGCGACGAUGCCGAGCAUGUUGGGUGCCUGCAGAAUCUCCAGAGUUCAGAAACCAAGUCGCAGAAGAAGAGAAAGAAAAAGAACAGAUGGGACGACGCUGAUUCAGGUCAGGACUCCUGUUCAGGUCUGGCCAAAGAGCUAAAAAUAUUAGAAAACCACAGAGAGGUUUCAGUCACACAGCCUGAAAAAGUGCAGCAGAAAGACGGCAGUGUUGCGUCUACCAGCAGGGAAUUGUUGCAGAAUGUUGAAAAGAACAGGAAGAAGAAGAAACAGGAGCAGGUGGCAGAGGAAAAUGUGGAGACUGGUCAGCCAGAAAGAACUAAGCACAUUGAGAUUUCUGAGGAAAUUCUGGACUCUGAGCAGCAAGCAAUUAAAGUCAUUCCAGAUACAAAAGUGAAGAAGAAAAAGAAAAAGCCCAGAACAUGUCAAGACGCUGGAGUGACUCAUGAAGAGGAGGCCAUGGACUCCCCAUGUACAGCAUCUGACAGAGUGGAUCCUCCAAGCUCUGGAAUGGAAACAAAUCUCAGUCAGCAGGUCAACAGUUCAGAGAUUCAUGAGGAGGGUUAUGGGCCAGAUUAUGUUGGUGGUUCACCACCUUUAAAGAAGAAGAAGAAAAGGAAAACAAUGGAAAAUGGGUUCUCUCUAGGUUCUGAUGGCAUGGGUACUAUAGAGGGCGACCAAACCGAUUUGUGCCUGACCAGCGGUGAACAAAAAUCAGUGGAGAAAGACAAGGCCAUGACACGUAGUGGACCAAGACGACGUGAAGAACAUAUUGCAGCAUGUUUGGAAGCAGGUGCCGAGCCUGAAUCCACGCAUGCUGAAAACUACAGUAAGGGGAAAAAGAAAACUAUGUCCCUGUGGAAAGAUGCUGAAGGUAGCCAGUCAGCAUCACAGACUGAGGAACGUCAUGAGCCCAAGAGUAACGAGAAGAAGAAGAAGAAGAAGAAGAAGAAGAAGAGGAGACAGUCUGAAGCUGACAGGAACGUGGAGUGUGGUUUUUGUGGCGACGAUGCCGAGCAUGUUGGGUGCCGGCAGAAUCUCCAGAGUUCAGAAACCAAGUCGCAGAAGAAGAGAAAGAAAAAGAACAGAUGGGACGACGCUGAUUCAGGUCAGGACUCCUGUUCAGGUCUGGCCAAAGAGCUAAAAAUAUUAGAAAACCACAGAGAGGUUUCAGUCACACAGCCUGAAAAAGUGCAGCAGAAAGACGGCAGUGUUGCGUCUUUGUUGAGAAGAUGAAGGAAAUGUAGAAAAACAGGCAUGUAACAGACAUGUUUUAUGUACUGAGCAUUAGUCAUUGUCUGCUGCCUAAAAUGAGUGAGACACCCCAAAAAGGAGCAAACGUAUAAUGAACUGAACAGUUAUGUUGUCAUUGUAAAUUUGUAAAAAUGUUUUGCUUCAUAAUGUUUAUGGUGCGUUUUUUAAUCCUUAUCUAGAGAGCAGAGCCUCCCAACCUAUUGAUACACAAAAUGAGUUUUUUGUAAUAAAAAGGCCCUUUAGA